AUGGCUGCUGCGGUGCUGUUUCUGUAUAUGGGCCACACCGGAUGGCAGUUUUGUCGUAGUUUACUGGUUAUCUGUGUUAUAUUUUUCUGCUCACCUGUUUCGGGACAGAUCCGGUAUUCUAUUCCGGAGGAGAUGAAGAAAGGUUCUCUCAUUGGUAACGUAGCACAAGACCUGGGGCUCAAUCUGAGGAGGUUGAAAACAGGACGAGCCCGUAUUGUUACCGGAGAAAGCGUUCAGUACACAGAGCUUAAUACAGACAAAGGGCUUCUGGUCGUCAGGGAAAGAAUAGACCGAGAGCAGCUUUGUGCAGACAUCACGCCGUGUAGCUUUAGUAUCGAGAUAAUUUUGGAGAAUCCGAUGGAAUUGCAUCCGGUGAAUCUUUUGAUUCAGGACCAGAAUGACAACACACCCCAGGUUUUGUACCCCGUACAGACUGGUGGCUCUCUGGUGGCUGAAAUAGUGCCUCGUUCAGCAGAUGUGGGCUAUCUUGUCACUAAAGUGGUGGCUGUAGAUGUGGACUCUGGUCAGAAUGCCUGGCUCUCAUACAAACUUCUCAAAGCUGCAGACAGACCACUGUUUGAAGUUGGAUUACAGAAUGGAGAAGUAAGAACUGUACGUCAAGUAACUGAUAAAGAUGCUGUGAAACAAAGGCUUACUGUUGUAGUGGAGGACAACGGCCAGCCCUCUCGUUCAACAACUGUCAAUGUUAACGUUGCGGUGGCGGAUACCUUCCCCGAAAUGCUGUCGGAAUUUACUGAUUUUACGCAGGACAAGCACAAGGACGACAAGUUGACUUUUUAUUUAAUUCUAGCCUUGGCCAUAGUUUCUUUUCUCUUGUUGACGUCACUCACUGUUAUAAUAUCUGUUAAAAUUUACAGAUGGAGACAAUCUCGUGUGUGUUAUCAGUCUAAUCUUCCGGUUAUCCCAUACUAUCCACCCUGUUACGCAGACAUCGGGGGUAGAGGGACUUUGCAGCACAUGUCUAAUUACGAGGUAUGUGGGACCACUGAUUCCCGAAAGAGUGUCAGUGAUUUCUUCACACCCUGUCGUCAGGAUGUGAUGAUAGUAGACCCUAGUACUACAGGAACGAUGAGGUGUGCAUACAGCGACAAAAACAUCCUGGAUGAGCCCGACUCACUCUUAAAGGUAAAUAUCAUACGGUGA